CCUGGAGCCCCUAUAAAGAGGAGCCGGGCGGAACUCAACUGACACCGGAGACUGGACACCUCCCCGCUCUCGUUCUGCUCCUGGACCCCUCGGCCCCACCAUGCAGAACUCCAUGGUCGCUCUCUCCACCUUCCUCCUCGCUGCAAUUCUCUCCUGCCUGCCCUCCUCCACUCUCGGAGUCCACGUUCCUGUAACCUGCUGUACCAACUACCUCCACCGUCCUUUGCCUCAAAAACUAGUGAAGAGUUAUUUCCAGAAUAGGAGUCAGUGCCCCAAGCCGGGAAUCAUAUUCAUCACCGUGAAGGGUCGGAAAGUAUGUGCCAACCCCAGCGAGACCUGGGUCCAGAAGAUCCAGGCGAGGAUCCGGGACCUGGAAUGGAACAGAAAGACUCACCAAAAGGGGCGAGAGGUCGUGGGGGUAGGGAUCCAAGCCAAGAUCCUCUCUUCUGUUAAGCCCACUGGUCACUUGCACUUUAGGCCUCCCCUGACUCAGCCCACACUGAUCAGUUUCAAAUGAGGUGGAAUUCAGUGUAGGGAAAGUAAUUUCUGGAGUUGAAUUUCUGUGUAUUUAGCGCAGCAAGCCUGGAUGGCGGGGAACAACAUUCCACAUCUAACUGGGGGCGGGGGGGUCACUCAAGGCUCAAUUCUGGGUCCCCUUCUAUUUUCCA